AUGAGUUCGCCGACAACAUCGUCCGCUCUCGCCGCCACCACCACUUCAACCAGCAGUGGAAGUGGUAGCAGUGGUGGUGGUGGCGGUCCCACCAACUCGCCUCUCCUCUUCUUUGUCGCCCUGGGCUUCGGUGUCGUCUUUACGAAUCUCUGGAUCAUUGUCGGCGUCAAGUACUGCUUUCGCUACAACCAGCGGAGCCGUCUGGCACGACAAGCCGGUGGCGAUGCGGAAAUCGACCUUGCUGCGAUGCAGCAGCCACCCCGCCGUCGCAGAAGGGAAAAGAAACUGAUGACCAUGGACGAGGUCAACGAACGCUUCCCAUUGAUAAAGUACAAGAUGUGGCGCGCCUCUCGGGAGCGCGAAGGCCUUUCCACCGCCGGUGGGAUAUCUGCAGCUCCUAGCCGGCCAACGAGCGUAAAGAACGCCGAGGGGAUUGUUGCCGCUGCUGACGGCAGUCGUGCUUCUGAGGACAUGGAGAAGAGAAUUUCUCAUCCGCCGACUGACCAGCCCACGCCGUCUUCCGCUGAUGCAUCCGCUACAUCCAACGGACAACAGCCAGACUCCAAUCAGCUGACCACUGCCGAGAGAAAUUUGGAAUUGGAAAAAUGCAAAACUGUUGCGAGCACCGUCGAAGAGCCCAAUAAAGAUCGCCGGGAAUCGGUCCCUGAUGAAGACGAUGAGGAGGAUGACGACCCUAUCAGGACCGCCACACCCCCAGAGCUUCUGCAGAGCCCCGGCGACACUUGCGCAAUUUGCCUCGAGGAGCUCGAAGACGAUGAUGAUGUCCGUGGACUCAAGUGCGGUCAUGCAUUCCAUGCCGGAUGCCUUGAUCCGUGGCUUACGAGCCGUCGCGCAUGUUGUCCGUUGUGCAAGGCGGAUUACUACGUUCCCAAGCCCAAGCCUGAGGGCGAACAAAACACGGAUUCCACCGGUCGGCGCACCCCAGGUCUUAGAAUGCCUCAGGCUCCUCAGUCGGUUUGGAUUGGAACUCGAUCUGCUUUGCCGGGCCGUGGCGGACGCUCCAUGGUCUUCGCUCGCUCCGGUGGUGACGAUUCCCGCCGAAGCCGUCGGACACGUGGGGCUGGCCACACAGAUGCUCCUCAAACACGAGAACGGUCUCAGCAGCAGAGCCAACAGCCAUCGACGGAGGGCACCACUGGAAUUGGCGCAAGAAUAAGGAACCUUAGACCGACGAUGCCGAGCAUUCGCAACCCAUUCGCUCGCGGUCAGCAGAAUACCGGCAGUGACGGCAACCCCACCGGACCGUCACCAGGCCAGCUGGAGGCUGGUACGAGGUGA